ACCUGUAAUUGGCGGCCGACCCGCUGUGAACAUUGUUAUUGUGAUGUCAUUCUAAAUUAAUACUUCGUCUGUUUCGGUUAGAUCUUGUUGAAUAUGAACGAAUCUUCAUGAAAAACAUGCGGAUACCAACCAGGCCAGCCCCUUCUAUUGAAGAGGCUCGUCGAAACAAAAAUAACCAACAACAAAAAAAUACUCAAAUGCAAAAAAAUAUCAAAAAGAAACCGCCACCACGUCCGCCGCCACCUGAUUUAUCAAAAAUUCAAAAAAGUAAAUCAACAUGGGUUUUAAAUCAAAAAGAUGAUGAUUGUAUGAUCGAGUGGAGCCCACCGUGUUCUCCAAAAACAAGUCGUUUAGUUAGUGGAAGUAUAUCAAGUUCUUUUAAUAGUAGCACCAGUAGUUUGGCUUCAAGUAAAAAAAGUUUCGACAUGGAAUCAUCCCCUUUUAACAUAAGCCCAUGGAAUAGUGGCCUUCAAACCUCCGCUCAAAUCAAUAUGCCUACCAUAAUCAGGGCUCAACCACCAAAAAAAUCAGCCAAAGCAAGUGUUAAAGUGCCUUCGAUAGUUCCUGGAACUUCUAGAAUGCCUAAUUCGAAUUAUUCACCACCAAUGCCUACAAUACCACCACCAAGUCCUCCAAAAGAUGUUUCUGAUGGAAUUGUACCCUUCGGAUUGGCUUUGUUUAAUUAUGCUGGUAAUCAUCCUGAUGAUCUUCCUUUACAGGAAAACGACAUAGUCUACUUAAUCAAGCGUUUAGAUAAGGAUUGGUUAUAUGGAAAAGUGGGUGAUCGAGAAGGAAUGUUUCCGCGUUCAUUUAUUGAGAUAAAAAUACCGCUCACUGAUGAAGAAGAUGUGGUAACGGCUUUAUACGAAUUUGUUCCCCAAAUGGUUGGGGAUCUCGCCCUGAAACCUGGUCAAACCAUCAAGGUGCUACGUAGGGUUUCAGACGAAUGGUUAUUGGGUGAAUCGGAUGGUAUUCGCGGACAAUUUCCAGCUAAUUUUAUCGAUCGAAUUCCAUUGGGUAUUUAAUUUAAAUUAAACAAAUUAAACAAUUUAUAAAAAAUAUCCUAGCUUAUUUAUCUGAAAUUUUGUAAUGAUAUUGAUAUUGAAUAUUUUUUUAUUAAUUUAUUAAUUAAUUGAUUUCGAAAAUAAUGAAAACAGGGUAAAAAAUUUUAAACGCAACAGAAAUUUUUUAUUACAAGCAUCCACAAAUCUUUCUUUUUUUUGUGUAUUUGUUAACUAGUUUUAACGAAGUGUAAAUAUUCUCCUCGCUUCUGUUAGUACCAAUUAUUUUUUGUUUGUUUUAAAAAAAAAGUAUUAGUUGAUGGUGUGAUAACGAAAAAGAAGAUUUUGUAUUUGUUAAUAUGACCGUUUAGUUUAUAUACAUUCCAGGUAUUUUUCAAUAUCUAUUCUAAUCACGAAAUAAUACUCCACGUGAAAAUUUAUUCUUCUCUUGUAAACUGUAUUUAACACAACCGUAUACAAAAAUUAAAAAAAAAAAAUAGAACGUGAAACGUUUGAAUAUAUAUAUUUUUGUAAUCUACUUAUACAUGUAAAAGCAAUAACAAUGAUUAAAUAAAAAAUGUGUACUAAAAA